AUUAAUUAAACGCUUAUUUAUCCUUUCUUAGCUUGUAGGGUUUUUCUCUCCCCCUUCUCUCUCUCUCUCUCUCUCUCUUCCCCCGAAACCCUCAUUCCUCAAUUCUAGGGAUUGAAUCCGCCAUGGACGCGCAGAGGAGAGCCCUCGACGAACUAAUGGGAGCUGCUCGAAAUCUGACGGAGGAGGAGAAGAAAGGUUUCAAGGAGAUCCGAUGGGACGAUAAGGAGGUUUGCGGAGCUUUCAUGGUUCGAUUUUGCCCUCACGAUUUGUUCGUCAACACCAAGAGCGAUCUCGGACCGUGCCCUAGAAUCCACGAUCUGAAGCUCAAAGAAAGUUUUGAGCAGUCUCCUAGACAUGAUUCCUAUGUCCCCAGAUUUGAAUCCGAACUCGCAGAGUUUUGUGAGAAGCUGGUGAUGGAUUUGGACAGAAAAGUUAGGCGUGGUCGUGAGCGGUUAGCCCAGGAGGUUGAGGUAACACCUCCCCCGAUUCCAUCUGAAAAAUCUGAACAGCUCUUAGUUUUAGAAGAGAAGAUCAAGAAACUUUUGGAACAAGUCGAAGCUCUUGGUGAAGCUGGAAAGGUUGAUGAGGCGGAGGCCUUAAUGAGGAAGGUGAUAUACAUUCACUUAUUAUGUCUUCAUAUUAUGAUUCAUUCAAGAGACAAAGCACUCAUGCUUACCCAGGAGAAGAAGAUGGCUCUUUGUGAGACAUGUGGUUCAUUCCUUGUAGCCAAUGAUGCUGCUGAGAGGACACAGUCUCAUGUGACUGGGAAGCAGCACAUUGGAUAUGGGAUGGUACGAGACUUCAUCAGUGAGUUCAAGGCAGCAAAGGAACAACAGAGACUUGCAAGGGAAAAGGAGGCAGAAGAGCGGAGAAAGCAAAGAGAAAAGGAAUACGAAAAUAGAGAACGGGAGAGGGAGCGGGAGAGGGACCGAGACCGACAUGGGGAACGGGGACGUGGUGAGCGGGAAAGAUCCCGGGAAUGGAGUGGCAGAGGGAGCAGAGAAGGAGGAAGAGGUUCUGAUUGGAGACACAAUCAAUACAAAAACGGGAGGGACUGGGAUAGAGACAGAAACCGAGACAGGAAUCGUGGAAGAAGCAGGUCCCGUUCUCCUGUUAGACACGGGCACAGAAGGUUGUCAAGAAGCCCGGUUCGGCCAUAUUAAGUGAUAGUGUAGAUAGUUUGUCUCAGUUCUAAACUCUGAAGAGGUAGACCAUUUCGUCUCUUCUUUCUUUCUUAAUUUGAGUGCCACUUUUGUUAAAACUCUGCCUGCUGUUGUAACAGCUCUGAUGAAUGAUUCGGUCUUCCUAUAAAAGGGAAAAACUGAGGUAGGUACAAUUUAUCGUUACCAUAGUUUGAUUUGAAUGGUAGAUUUCUUAUAUCUCUGGUUCUUGUCCUUGGAGUUAUAUUUGUGGGUUUGCAUGUUGCAUCUUUAAGUUAAGAUGGCAGAUCCAGAGUCAUUUUAUGUAUGCUGAAGAUGUGCUGGGAGGUGAUUACUAUUCAACAGCUUGUUGAAGGGUUGAAGUCACCUGUGACCGUGGGCUUUUCAAUCUUCAGUAUGUUCAUCUGUUGGUGGACCAUAACUUCAAGUAAAUCUUGUUAGCUCAACUUAUCUCCCUUUAAAGAGGUCAACGAAACAUUACGUUCUUCCUUUAUUUACUCCCCUUUGAUGAGAGUGACAUUCUAGCCUUGUCUUGCUUCAUCUAGACUCUUUAAAAUCCCUCAGCUUUGAAGGGCUAGAAGUGACGGUUGAUAUGCGCAAUCUGACGGAUGAUUUUUGUGACAAAUGUAUUGGGGGGAGGAAGAGUGGGGGAAAAAAAAAAAGAGAAGAGUUGCAGGUUUUGGGAUAAUUUGGAAUAUGUAGUGUGGGUAUUGCAGAUAGUGUUGUCUGCUAUAAUUUUGAUUCGUUUUGUUUGGAACAGUAGUACUGCAAUAGCUGCAUAUUCGUUUAGAUACAAUUGGCUGCGUUUUCUGAUU